UCGAAUCAAUCGCAAAUCUCCUGGCUCUAUCGCAACAAUGACGCUCGAUCGCUCGAUUAUCGGUUUAUCAAUAUUACUUUUUGUCGCGUGUACCUGGCGCAACUCGGUCGUCGGCGAACAACAAUUUAUCGAAAAGCCGCCACUCUAUCAGGAAGUAUCGUCCGGUGACGAUGUGCAGCUACCCUGCACGGUGCAGGAUAAGCGCGGCCAGUGCAUCUGGCAGAAGGACCGGAGACCGGUGGGCAUGCAUCCAGAUAAGUACGAAUGGGCGAGCGGUCGCGGCAGCGACUGCACCCUGUUGAUCAGACGAGCCUCCCUACACUUCGAUGACGGCCUCUGGGAAUGCCAGGUCACAUCCAGUGACUUUAUCCGCCAGGACGCACUGUCGUCCGAACAAUCCAGGUUGCUCGUAAGGGUGAAACCCAGGAAACCUCAAUUGGAAUAUGGGGGGGCCGUUUUGGGCGCUACGCUAACGCUGCAGGAGGGACAAGAAGUCCUGAUCUCAUGCGUUUCGAGAUACGGAAACCCACCCGCCCUCAUCAAGUGGUUCAUAGGGAACGACGAGGUGGAACCUUUGGGGGAGCAGAACAACGCAACAGAGGUGGAUAAUCGGAAGACCUGGGCGGCUCAUAGUCUUCUACGGGUGCGUGGUCAGAGGGAGAAUCACGGUCUGCCGAUCCGAUGUGUGACCGUGCAUCCGUCGAGUUUAACGCCGGCCAGUAUAGAAUCGCGACUGGACGUUCAUUAUUCGCCGGAAGUGCGACUUGAGACGAGUCCGCAGCCGCUUACGGUUGCUCCAGAGGAUUCGGCAAACUUCUUGAGCCUCAAGUGCCUGGCGGACGCUAAUCCGGUUGCGAGCAUCAAGUGGUUCAAAGACUCAGCGCCGCUCGACGCGUCGCUGGCCGAUACCGGGGCAUCACCGUCGCCGCCGUCGUUGAUACAAAGCAGAACGACGCAGCUGAAUGAUAGCGUAUGGGGUGCCGAGCUGCGCUUCGAGCCGAUCAAGAGGCACGAUGCUGGUCUGUAUUCGUGCAAGGCGGCCAACAUCAUCGGUGAAAGCGCUCCCGCGAGUUACAGACUCGAUGUGCAAUAUGAACCAAAAUUAAAGAGAAUAGAAAAUGAUACCUCCAUGGACAUGGAGGAAACAGCUCUGCUGAGUUCCGCGGUCGAGCCCUUCGAAUGCCCCGAGUUCGAGGCCAAUCCACCCGCUCAAUACAGAUGGGUACAUCUUCGCGGUGGUUCUACAGAAACCAUCGAAAACCACGUGCAGAACAAAGGUGGUGGUCGACGUCUGCGUCUUGAGAACAUCAUGUGGUCCGACGAGGGGGAAUACCGUUGCAUCGCCUUCAACACGAUCAACGGGGUCAAACGGGAAACUGCCAGUGAUGUACAUUACGUGCUACAUGUGACCGGACCACCGGAGAUACAGGCCAGGCCAUUACCCGGCGAUCGGGAUUUUUACGAGUCCAUCGGAUGGGCAGGCGAACCUGUACACAGGCUCAAAUCCCGAUUCUGUUCGCGGCCGCCGCCGAAACUGGUCGCUUGGCAGUGGGGUAGUUCUCAUAUUCGAGCUGGAGAAAACAUUCAUCCAAAGUAUGAGGCCCUGCCGUUGGAGCCUAUUGUUGAGAACAAAAUGGUGACCAACUGUUACUGGGCUAAGCUAGAGAUUAAGGAUCUGCAAAAGGAGGAUGCCCGGAUAUAUACUUUGUUGGUAGAGAGUGAGAAGGGUCGGGACUCGACGAAUAUCAAGUUGAUAGUGAAAGAUCCUACAGAGAUACGCGUAAUAGCUGCGGCCGUGGCGGUCGGUCUGCUGUUUCUGUUGCUGCUGAUCUCCAUCGGCGUGUACUCGUUGCUAAGAAUACGACGUGGACGAUAUCGACAAGAGAUGAUGGAGGAGGGCAGUAUCGCGGCUGACGCGCUCUAUAACGGCACGUCGAUAAGUCAACAAAAAUCUAUUAAUUCGUCUCACGCAAAGACCUUCACGAGAAAGUCUAGUCUGGACAAUGGGCAGAGCGCGUACGAUUACAAUCACAUCGCGAAGCAGACACAUGCCAUGAGUCCAGAAGCGUUAAAAGUUAGAAGAGCGCCGGCGGUUCUGCAGCCGCCUACUAUCGUGUAAAAAAAAUAUGAACUUUUCGCCAAUGUCAAAUCUCAUUUUUUUCAUCGUCUGAUUCUACUUCUCGCAGCAACAAAUUUUACUUUUGCUUGUAUUCAUUUUCUUUCUAUCAGUCUAGCGCCAUUUUUAACAAGCGUAUUUUUUAUGAUUUAAUAUAGAUUAUAUCAAAUCAGAAGUAUAAU